GCCUUGGCGGACUGCGGUGCUUGCUCUCGCGUGGACGGGCUUUCCAGGCCUCCCUGGCGCGCGCGCAGCACGGAAGCCGCGAGGGGCUCCCAGGCCCGCCUCUCCGCGGGCGGCCAUGGCGGCGCACCUGAAGAAGCGGGUGUACGAAGAGUUCACCAAGGUGGUCCAGCAACAGCAAGAGGAACUUGCUGCUAAGAAACUUCGCCUGACAAAACCCAGUAAAUCAGCGGCUCUGCACAUUGAUCUGUGUAAAGCCUCCUCCCCAGCGGAUGCCCUGCAAUAUCUGCUCCAAUUUGCACGGAAGCCUGUUGAGGCUGAAAGUGUUGAGGGAGUAGUCAGAAUUCUCUUGGAGCAUUAUUAUAAGGAGAAUGAUCCUUCAGUGAGACUGAGAAUUGCAUCUUUGCUGGGUUUAUUAUCAAAAACUGCAGGAUUUUCACCAGACUGCAUUAUGGAUGAUGCUAUUAACAUCCUGCAGAAUGAAAAGUCUCAUCAAGUGCUAGCUCAGCUGUUGGAUACUUUACUUGCAAUUGGCACUAAACUCCUGGAGAAUCAAGCAGUUCAGAUGCGAUUAGUUGAUGUAGCCUGCAAGCACUUGACAGACACAUCCCAUGGAGUCAGAAAUAAGUGCUUGCAAUUACUUGGCAAUCUUGGCUCUUUGGAGAAAAGUGCUACAAAGGAUACAGAAGGCCUAGCUGUCAGAGAUGUCCAGAAGAUUAUCGGGGAUCACUUCAGUGACCAAGAUCCACGCGUCAGAACAGCAGCUAUAAAAGCCAUGUUGCAGCUUCACGAAAGAGGAUUGAAAUUGCACCAGACCAUAUAUAACCAGGCCUGCAAGCUGCUGUCUGACGACUACGAACAGGUACGCAGCGCUGCCGUCCAGCUCAUCUGGGUCCUCAGUCAGCUCUACCCCGAAAGCAUUGUCCCAAUUCCUUCAUCUAAUGAAGAAAUUCGCCUAGUCGAUGAUGCAUUUGGAAAAAUUUGUCACAUGGUCAGUGAUGGCUCCUGGGUGGUCCGCGUCCAAGCUGCAAAGCUUUUGGGCUCCAUGGAGCAAGUCAGUUCUCACUUCCUGGAGCAGACGUUGGACAAGAAGCUGAUGUCAGACCUGAGAAGGAAGCGGACAGCCCAUGAGCGCGCCAAGGAGCUUUAUAGUUCAGGGGAGUUUUCCAGUGGCCGGAAAUGGGGAGAUGAUGCACCCAAGGAAGAAAUUGACACGGGGGCUGUGAACUUGAUUGAGUCUGGAGCCUGCGGAGCUUUUGUUCAUGGACUGGAAGAUGAGAUGUACGAGGUGCGCAUCGCCGCCGUGGAGGCGCUCUGCAUGCUCGCACAGUCCUCGCCCUCCUUCGCUGAGAAGUGCCUGGAUUUCCUGGUGGACAUGUUCAACGACGAGAUUGAGGAAGUGCGCCUGCAGUCUAUACACACCAUGCGGAAGAUCUCCAACAACAUCACGCUGCGGGAGGACCAGCUGGACACAGUGCUGGGCGUGCUGGAGGAUUCUUCCAGAGAUAUUAGAGAAGCACUUCAUGAGCUCUUAUGCUGCACUAAUGUUUCGACCAAAGAAGGAAUCCAUCUUGCGCUGGUGGAGCUGCUGAAGAAUUUGACCAAAUACCCUACUGAUCGGGAUUCCAUAUGGAAGUGCUUGAAGUUUCUGGGGAGCCGACACCCAACUCUGGUGCUUCCCUUGGUGCCUGAGCUCCUGAGCACUCACCCAUUCUUUGACACGGCUGAGCCUGACAUGGAUGACCCAGCCUAUAUUGCAGUUUUGGUUCUCAUCUUCAAUGCUGCCAAGAGCUGUCCAACCAUGGCCGCACUCUUCUCUGAUCACACCUUCCGACACUACGCCUACCUUCGAGACAGCCUCUCUCAUCUUGUCCCUGCCUUGCGGUUACCAGGGAGGAAACCUGUGUCAUCUGCCACCUCGCCCAGCCUGGCACCUCACGAGGACCCUUCCUCCCAGUUCCUGCAGCAGAGCCUGCUGCGGGUGUACAGCCUGCAGCACUUGGACCCCCAGGGCUCCCAGGAGCUGCUGGAGCUCACCAUCAGAGAUCUACAGAGACUUGGAGAACUUCAGUCUGAAUUGGCAGGAGUAGCUGAUUUCUCAGCUACUUAUCUUCGGUGUCAGCUUCUUCUCAUCAAGGCCUUGCAGGAAAAGCUGUGGAAUGUGGCUGCCCCCUUGUAUCUGAAACAGAGUGAUUUGGUCUCAGCAGCUGCGAAGCAGAUCAUGGAAGAGACCUACAAGAUGGAGUUCAUGUACAGCGGUGUGGAGAAUAAGCAGGUGGUUAUCAUACAGCACAUGAGGCUGCAGGCCAAAGCCUUGCAACUCAUAGUGACCACUCGGACUACUCGGGGAGUUGACCCUUUAUUUGGGAUGUGUGAAAGAUUUUUACAGGAAGUGGACUUUUUUCAAAGGUGCUUUGUUGCUGACCUGCCACAGCUGCAGGACAGCUUUGUGGACAAGCUUCUGGACCUUAUGCCUCGACUUGUGACAUCCAAGCCUGCAGAAGUGGUCCGGAUCCUGCAGGCCCUGCUGCGCCAGAGCAGCUUCCUGCACCUCCCACUCCCAGAGCAGAUCCACAAGGCCUCAGCCACCAUCAUUGAGCCCGCAGGUGAGUCCGACAACCCUCUGCGGUUCACCUCUGGGUUGGUGGUGGCCCUAGAUGUCGAUGCAACCCUGGAACACGUACAGGACCCUCAGAACACAGUGAAGGUCCAGGUCUUAUAUCCUGAUGGCCAGGCUCAGAUAAUUCACCCCAAGCCUGCUGAUUUCCGGAAUCCUGGUCCGGGGCGACACCGGCUUCUCACUCAGGUGUAUCUCUCCCACACCGCCUGGACAGAGCCAUGCCAGGUGGAGGUGAGGCUGCUGCUGGCCUACAGCUCGGAUCCACGCACCCCUAAGGCCCCUUGGGCGGAGGGAGGUGAUGUGACCCCACAGGUGGAAGCCAGCAUCGAGGGCACCAUCCCCUUCAGCAAGCCAGUGAAGGUUUAUAUAAUGCCUAAACCCGCCAGGCGCUGAGCUCUGUUCCAUGAUGUAUGGCAUCAAGCACAGAAUGUGUUACUAUGUUUCUAAAAAAUCAAAACCUUUGGGUCCACUCUUUUAUCCCCAACCUUCCCUCAAUAAAGUGGAUAACACAC